UCUUCACACGCAGUUGUAACGUGAUAUAUGAGGGAUAUAUCUUUGAACGUGAUAAGGAGAUUACAAGUUGCUCUAGGAUAUAUGAACACUUCUUCAAUGAAGGUCCCAGUGUCAUUAGGGAGGAAAAUAAUGGGUCGACUGGAGCCUACAAUGUGGCUAUUGUUGCUGAUAAUUGUAGUUAUAUUCUAGUCCUCUUUAGGAGUUUUUGAAAAUGUUCCGUCUUUCUAAGUAUCGGAUUUGUGGCUACUCUAUCGACCAGUCACGAUUCAUCAUUUUCAUAUAUCGUAGGAAGUGAAAGUCUUGUUCUAUAUAAAAUAUAAUAUCGAUUCAAUUUAUCAUUCAAGAUGAUAACAUGUAAUAGAACAAGAACAAUUAAACCAUAGAUAAUAAAUAAAUAAAAUUUCUAAGCAAUCAAUCUCAAUCAACCAAAUAACAUGGGCUCAGAAGGAGCAUUUAUUACAUCGCAACCAAAUAAAUGUUUUUUUCUAGAAAUAAAAAGCUAGCUAAGGAAAUAAAUAUGUUGCUAAUGGAUAAUAACGUGGUGUACUACGUGAUCAUCAUUAUCGAAGUCGAAGUCAUCUUUGUCGAACUAGCCAUUUCUCUUAGUGGUGGCAUCAACAAACGUCUGAAUAAAGUGAGCCUCUAAGUUCUGGCAUUACUUUGAUUCCUGAUAUAUAUCAAUCAAAUGUUUCUCAAUUGUGCAUGUAUGAGACCAGUGCUCUAAGUACUCAUACCUGAAACAACCUUUGUUAGCAUGCUUCGAGGUACUUGCAUCACCAUUCUAGGGGUUUAUUUUGCCUUUGCCUUUUCCAUUUCCAUAGUCAUUGCCACUGCUGCUGUUGCUGCCAUUUUGUGGUAGCUUCUUGAAAUCCCCCCUCUUGAUCCCUAAUUAUUGCAGCACCCAUGACCCCUUGCUCUAGAGGAGCUUUCCUUCCUAUGAGAGUGGAAGUUAGCAUGUGCUUCUGGUACGGCCGUAGCGCCAACAUGACUCUUUUGGUAGUUCUGCAUUAGGAGCUUGUUCUGAGCCUCAACGCAAUCAACAUGUUGACGAGGUCACAAUACUUCGUGUACUUGUUGUUUCGGUACUGCUGUUGGAGCACCAUGUUGGAGGGGUAGAAGGUCUUGAGAGUUUUCUUAAUCAUCUACAUAUUUGUGACUAUUUAGCCACAGAAGCAUAGCUGAGAGACAAUGCAGUGGAUGACAGUGUCGUAAAGCUCCACAGUCUUGAAGUCGAGGAAGCGGAAUAUGACCCAUUCUUGUUGCGCCCAUAGAAUCAUCACGUGCCUCUGCAAACCGAAGUGCUCCUACAGCUUCGUCCACUACUAAAGGGUCUUUCACCUCUAGAUACUCCAUCUUUAGGUCUGGGUGGAUGUGGCAUCUAAGGAAGAUAACACCUUUACCUUCUCACGAAGCUGCAUGCCAGUGUCGUUUGGACCUAGUCGAACGAUCACAUUUCCCAACUGCAUUGCCUCUAGGUGAAACUGACAGUCGUUAGCUUAGGUCAGGUAGUUCUUGUCAUUCAGGACAAGCUUUGUGAAGUCAGUCUUGCUGUUUUCAGCCAUAGUUUGUCAUGCAAAAUUAAUUUCAGGCUAAGCGACGUGUGGCUAAUUAAUUUUGUGUGGCAGACUAUGGCUGAAGGCAACAUGACAGACUUUGCGGAGCUUGCCCUGAAUGGCAAGAACUACCUAACUUAGGCUAACGAUUGUCAGUUUCAUAUGGAGGCGAUGCAGCUAGGAAAGGAGAUCGUCCGACUGAGUCCAAACGACACUGUCAUAUAGCUUCAUGAGAAGACGAAAACUGCUAUCUUCCUAAGGUGACACAUCCACAUAGACUUGAAGAUGGAGUAUCUAGAGGUGAAAGACCCUCUAGUAUUGUGGACGAAGCUGCGAGAGAGCUUCAAUGUGCAGAGACACGUGAUGCUUCCGUUGGUGCCACAAGAAUGUGCCGCACUCCGUUUCCUCGACUUCAAGACUGUUGAGGCUUACAACACCGUCAUUCACCGUAUUGUCGCUCAACAACGCUUCUAUGGCUAAAUAGUCAUAGAUCCGAAGAUGAUUGAGAAAAACUCUCUAGAGCUUACACCCAUCCAACAUGGUGCUCCCGCAGCAGUACCGAAACAACAAGUACACGAAGUACUGCGACCUUAUCAACAUGUUGCUUCGCAAUGAGGCUCAAAACGAGCUUCUAAAGCAGAACUACCAGAAGCAUCAUGUUAGCGUUGCGGCCAUACCAGAAGCACAUGCCAACUUCCAGUCUCAAAAGAAGGGAGGCUCCACCAGAAAGGGGUUGCGGGCGCUGCAAUAAUUAGGGGCCGAGAGGAGGAAUUUCAAGAAGCCACCACAAAAUGACAGUAGCAGUAGAAGAGGCAAUGACCAUGGAAAUAAGAAAGACAAAGACAAAAACAACCCUAGAAGGACGAUGCAAGUACUUCGAAGCAUGUUGACAAAGACUGUUUCAGGUGUGGGUUCCAAGAGCACUGGUCUCAUAUAUGCACCAUUGAGAAACACAUGAUUGAUAUAUAUUAAAAAUGAAAGUAACGUAAGAACUCAGAGCCUCACUUUAUCCAAACGCAUGUAGACGUCGUGACUGGAGAAAACCUCCUCGAGUUACCUCAGCCCGCUGCAAGUCUAAUCAUGCUGCCAUGGGUGUUGAUGCCACCAUUGAGAGCAAUGCCCAAUUAGCCAAUGAUGACUUCGACUUCGAUAAUGAUGAUCGCAUGUAGUAGAUCACAUUAUCUCCAUAUUUAUUUUCUUAGCGAGUAUUUUAUUUUUAGAAAACAUUUAUUUGGUUAUGAUGUAAUUAAUGCUCCUGUUGAACCCACGUUAUGUGGUUGAUUGGGAUUAAUUACUUUGCAAUUUUAUUUAUUUCUCACCUAUGGUUUAAUUCUUCUUGUUCUAUUAAAUGUUAUCAUCCUAAAUUAUGAAUUGAAUCGAUAUUAUAUUUAUAUAGAACAAAAUUUGCACUUCACAUGAUGGAGGAAAAUGAUGAAAUGUGCCUGAUCGAUAAUGCAACCACAAAUUUGACACUUAGAGAGAAGAUAUCUAUCAAGACACUCCUGAAGAGAACUGAGAACAUCAUUACAAUUGUUGACAACAAUGACCCCAUUGUAGGCUUCGGCCAAGCCAUUGUUGUCCUUCGUAUCGAUACUAGGAUCUUCAUUGAAGAAGUGUUCUUAUAUUCGGGAGCAACUUGUACUCUCCUCACGUUCAAAAAUAUAAGUUGUAAUGCUAUCACAUUACAGUUGUGUGUAAAGGUUACGCUGAAUACCACCGUCAGAUGAAUGUGAAAUAAAAGUGGUAGAGAAAGCGCAAGUUAUCUUCUAUGGGUUGUAUUACACUAAAAUUAAACCCCUCUAAAUUUGUUGUCAUGUGGUUUUGGCACUGCAAACACCCCCACCAUUAUCUAUGAAGAUAAUGCAGUAUGUGUUGCACAAAUGGAAAUAAGCUAUAUUAAGAGCAAUAUUACUAAGUAUUAAGUAUUUUUGUCCUCACGAACUCCAGAAUGAGGGUGGGGUGAAAAUCUUCCAAGUCAAAUCUUGUGAUAAUUUGGCUGAUUUAUUCACUAAAUUCUUACAUUCAGAAAAUAUGUAGAGUUAUAGGAUGAAACACUUGAGGGGCCUGCAGGGUUCAGGGAGAGAUCACCUCUGGACUUCAGCCCUUGCUAUUCGAACCAGAAGAUUGUAUACUAUACAACCUUCAGGUUGUCUUGAAGACAAUCGAUGUAUUGUUUUUCCCAUUGUGAGAUUUCUAAGUUUCUCACAGAUAAUUUUUAACAAGGCAAUAAGUGCAAUACAUCGAGUGACACUGUGUUCUCUUUUCUCAUUUUUCCACUGGAGGUAUAAGUAGUCAUGAUAUUCGUCUAAGAGAGAGUGUUGAGAAACCCUAAAGAGGUUUUAUGGGCUAAUACCGAAACUACCUCCGAGGGGUUUAGAGUUUCUAUAAAAACAUUCAUACCCUCUCAUUAUAAAGAGUAGAGAAAGAGUUCUCCACCGGUGUCGUCUGUUCAUUGUGUAGGUUCUGUAGGAAGAGAACAUGCUUCUAUAUCUUUUCGCCUCCCUACUGCUUCGAGAAGGAUCGUAGUCCGGAUCGACGAUACGUGACGAUGACUAGAUUAUUCAACAAUGUCCUCAUUUUCAUGCCCAUUGUUUCGUUUCGAUCAGACUCUGUAUCACCAAAUCCGAUCCCAUGAUUUGUGUCAACUUGUGACUACAUAUCCAUUCCGUGGAAUUCCAAGCACUGAACACUUGAGGCUACCCUUCUGUCCCCAGUUUUUGCUUUCCUCCAAUGUUACCAUCACCUUUCCUAUCAUCAGAUGUUGAAAUACACCGAAAAUCUGAAUCCAAAAACUUGCUGCAGGUACUGAGCGAGAGAACGAACCCGCUGCUCAACAAGUCGCCCAGUCCAUCCGUCGUCGCUGGGCUCCAACCUGACGCCGGCAACGGCUCGGGGUUCUACGUCGGGGUCUAUUCUUUCCUCGACACAGCCAAGCCAUGCACCAACCGGUUCAGCAGCGGGUCGUUGACAUCCGAGGACUCGCCAGUGCUGACGCCCAGGCUGCUGUCCUUCCAGUUCAGCUCUAGCCCCGACAACUGCUCCUCCUCCGCCGAAUGGCCUGACCGUGCGGUGGCGCCGCGCUCCAACCGGUACCUCUUCGCCGCGAACGCGUAGGCCCGGUGCACCGAGUAGAGAGCAAGUGAUAAGCUAUUUUAAGUCUGAGAUCAGCAAACUGAAAAGGAUGCACGGAUCAGCAUUGCAAGAGAAGACAGAAGAACUGUUCAGGUUCAAACGGGAGAAAGGGUCACAUUCUCUCAAGAAUGGCAUCCAAUUCGAACCCUCUGAGAAAGAAAAUUCCAGAGAUUGUAUUAAGAAUGGACCAAAUCAUUUCCAAGAAUAUAAAGGUACCUGCAAUCUGCAUGACCCAUGAUGAACUUGACGAAAGAUGCAGACUGAUGAGCAGAAUCAACGCUUUAUUUUAUGAAAACCAACAUCUUCGAGGGUUUCUUGCAAAUAGGAUGAAGAAUGUGUUAGGUAUACUAGAUGGGCUAUGGGCUAUAAUCAUAUAUAUUAGAUGGGCUAUGGUUUAUGGUAUAAGUAAACAGUGGAACGGCUGUAAGGGUAUCGAAAAACCAAUUGAAUACAGAGUAAUCGGCCAUCGUCUGCCGUCUCUCCUCUUUUCGUCUCCUUCCCCCACACUACUACUCUCUUCUUCUCUCUAGAGUCCAUCCGUGUGCUAACAUUUGGUAUUCAGAGGAGCUCGCAUCCUGAACCCUUCCCAACCGUUCCCCACCGACGGUCGCAUUCCGCUGUUGUUCCGGCAUGGAUGCCACGAUGCAGCGUCUUCUCGACGCAAUGGCGCGGAUGGAGGAGCGCUUGACCGAGGCACUGGCUGGCCGUGGUAGCGAGCAAGCCACACGCGGCCGCACUUUCUCCUUCUUCAACGAUGACUCGGGCACCGACUGCAGCUUCAUCAACACUGGCACCGGCUGCGUCGACGAAGGCAACGCCACCCCCUCCGCUGCGCUCGACCCGCUGCUCACCGUCACCAACACCACCACCGAGGUUGAUUCCCUCGCCAACCCCGACGACGACAGUAUCGAGGAACCCGACGUGUUGGACGAGGACGCGAGCGGCGACGCGGCUCACUCGGCUUCCGCCUCCACGGAUGCCUCAGCCACCAGCAACUCGGCCACUCGCAAGGUGCUCGAGGAAAUGCAUCUAAGGGAGGCGAGGCUCACAGAGAAGAUCAACGGUCGCUGUGAGGGCGCCGAACGCCAGAUCGAACUCCCUGCUGAGAUCUCUCCUACUCAGUUCCUACUCCAUGAGAUCUGCAGAGGGUUCGAUGCGGUUGAUGCUCGAUUCGACCAGCACUUCGCCAGGCUGCCGCAGCUGCAAGCUGAGGAGGUGGACGAACCGUACUGUGACGCGGUGAGGCCAUUGCCUCCUCUUCCCCUUGUCGAGGAACCGUACCGCGACGUGGUGAGCCCAGCGCCGCAUCCUUCCGUCGUCUACGACCGCUACGACGAGCCGAACCACAAUGAGAUCGUCGAGGUGCUCGCGCUACUGGAGUACAACGAGGAGGCUCGCAUCACCGAUGCGAUUGAAGGACUCAUCCGUGCGGCUACCAGCAGGACCGCUGCGCUGGAGCCCGUCGAAGGCGCGCACGUGGACGUGGCUGGCGAACGGGAGUUUCCGCCUCGUGACACCCUCGAUGGCCACCCCGACGACGAACUCCUCCAUGUCGAAGGGGCGGUGGUCCGGCCACUUCUCGAAGAGCGUGAGCAGCAGCACGGCACGGCCCAGCGAGUCAUCGUUGCGCGGGGACAACCGGUCCUCCACCGUCAGUACCAGCUGGACUCGUCUUCGCUCGACUCCUGCAACGUCUUCGCUCCUGUAAGACCGGCCGACCGGGAGAUAGUCGAGGCGUCGGCCGUCAUGGUGGUGUGGGCGUACGACGGCGGUGCGCAAUUCCUGCCGCUCUUCGAGGGGUUGCGGAAGGAAGGGCCCGUGUACCACCUCAGCACAGAGCCACAGGACUGCGACAGGGAGGACGAUGCCCCGUGGCAGCUCCAGGAGCUCGCGCUGGCCCUACUGACCUCCACACGCUCCUUCCUAUGGGUAUUCUGGCCGGAACUGGCGGCGACCAAACUCCCGCAUGCGGGCCACAGUUGUGCUACCCAUGAGGUGUUCGAGGUAUUUCCUCUUAGCUUCCCUGCUGCCUGGGUCAAUGUUGGGAAGCUCUCACUCUCUGUGUGUUGGAAAAUUCCUUGGCCACCACCUAUUCAGCUUAGGAUGCAUGCCACUCAACCCAGACCAAUUCCUUGGCCAUCCUUUAUUGGUAUUACCCUUUGGAGACACUUGUUACACAUACUAUCAUUGGUACCCCACUGCUUAGUGAACAUGAGCAAGAGCAUGUUAAUUACCCAUUGCCACUUCAGUGUGAUAUGUUGGAAGCAUUGCUUUGAGUUUCUAGAAAAUGCAUGGUCGAAAGUGGACACAGCUACUACACUGCAUCUUCGAGGUACUGUCCAGCAACAUGAGCUCCUCAUUCUCAUUUAUUCAGAAUCGUCGCAUAUUUUUAUCAGUGACAAAUGGCAGCCAAGGUUAUUAGGUGUUCAGCCAUUAGAUCACAGACUGGCAGUCAAAGUAGCUAAUGGGCAGACUGUCUCCUGUCCUCAUCACUUGCCAGAUGUUGGGUGCUUUAUAUCAGACUACCAGAUUCAUCACUUGCCAGAUGCAGAGUGGUUUAUAUCAAGCUACCAGUUUGUGAAUGACCGGGUAUUUUUACAGCUUCGAGUGGUUUAUGUCACCGUAGUUCGUGAAGUUCUCCUAAGGCCAUCAGACACCAAGCAGGUGCACGACAAUGGAUUAAUGCAGCAGCUAAGAAGUUCUAACAAUGACCUGAAGUAUGCUGUCAAGGAUAGUUUCCACAACAACAACCAAUUUCUGGUGUCCAUGUCCAGUAAUGAGCAGGCCUCUUUGAGCCAGUCGGCAUGGCACUUGCCGAACACCAUCGGAUCGCUCUUCCUGGCUCCCACCAUGCUGUUGGCGGUGAUAGCAGAGGAAGGCUUCAGGAAGCUGGGGACUGGUCUAGGUUCUGUCAGUGGACAAGGCAAUGUCUCCAUCUUUGUCUGGGAUCCUGGUGAUACACAUUGCCCGCUCUAGGAGACGUUCCAGUGUUGCGAGACCAAAAACAUAUGCAAGAAUAUAUCAAUUCUAAAACGACGUGUUUUAAGGCCCCUCAAUCCAGACCCAGUUCAGAUGGAAGCGUGAGGCAUUCAACAAUGAUGCUAAUCCACACACUUGAAGAUGCUAAAGCUAAAGCUACAGUUCUCCACAUAUUUGAAGAAGCCGAUACUACACCGCCAGCGGCUUGGGGACAAGCCGCACUUCAAGGAGUGGGGAAUGUUAGGUAUACUAGAUGGGCUAUGGGCUAUAAUCAUAUAUAUUAGAUGAGCUAUGGUUUAUGGUAUAAGUAAACAGUGGAACGGCUGUAAGGGUAUCGAAAAACCAAUUGAAUACAGAGUAAUCGGCCAUCGUCUGCCGUCUCUCCUCUUUUCGUCUCCUUCCCCCACACUACUACUCUCUUCUUCUCUCUAGAGUCCAUCCGUGUGCUAACAGAAUGUUAAGGCAUUAUCAUCUCAGCUAUCUGAAGCCAGUACAGAACUGUCUCUUCAGUUGUCGUCUGAAGAAGAGCUCUUGAGACAAAUCGACAGAGUCCGAGAACACUGUGAGGGCCUCCGAAUGGAUGAUGAUGUUAGAGAGAGAAUGCACCAAACUGUUACAAAACAAUUGCUUGAUGACUACAAGGACAAUAUGGAUGGUGCUGCACUAAAUCUUAGUGCAAAAAAUAUCUUCACUUGAAUCUGUAGUCUCUGAAAAGAAUAAGGCAUUAUGUCUAUGUAAUGAAGAAAAUGACAGGUUAAAGGAGAAGUUAUCAGAGUUAGAAAAGGAGUGCUUGAUCCACGAUCACCAGGAAGUUCCAGAAGUCAUAAAACAAGAGAGUACAGAAAUUAUUCUGCGUGACAUUGAGGUCGAGCCUCACAUAUCGCCGAGAAGAUCAAAUAUGAAUGAUUUGCAGUGUGAUGAACUACUCGAACCUAGAGCAAACUUCAGGUGUCCUCGAGGAAAUGGACAAUAAAAAUAUGGAUCGUAGUAGUAGCCUCACUAGGAAUGAGCAAGAGAAGCAGCUGGAGUGCAUUUUAGUAUCUAUCCUGAAAUUAUCAAAAGAAUUUGUAGACAUUGAGGAAAAAAUGUCAGUGGAAAGAAAUGAGAACAGGUUUGUUUCUGUUCAUCUUCGUUACACUUGCUUCCCAGCCACAUGGUCUGACAACCCGUGGUGCUAACAAAAAUCGGGUAUGGUAUAAACAGAUGAUUGAAGCGAGGCGUUCUGAGCUCUAAAAGGCUGAAGCCAAGGUUGUGAUAUUGGGCGACAAGAUCGCUGCGCACUUAAGCCUCCUUCAAAAGAUAUAUUUGGCUCUUGAUGCUUACUCUCCUACAUUGCAGCAGCAUCCUGGUCUGCUAGACGUUUUCUUAAAGACAUGCAAGCUUGUUGCAGAUUUGAGAAUUAGACAGAACGGAGGCGAUAUGACAUGAAUGAGGUGGCGGUAUGGUGAGAUCUCCGUUGGUAGCUAAUGCUGCUCAUGUGCUUAACCAUGUUCCACGCCUGCAGAUGCAGACCAAGUGAAGGAUUCUAUUUAAGUGAGGUUUCAGUUUCAGGUCCUGAUGCGAAAGGGCCUCUAGCUGAGUUGGUUAGGUGGUCUAAGUAGCACUCCUCAGGUCCUGGGUUCGACUUCCCGUGGGAGCGAAUUUCAGGCUGUGGUUAAAAAAAUCCCCUCGUCUGUCUCAUGCCAAAGCACAGGUCUAAGGCUCAGCCCCGGUCGCGGUCGUUCUCAUAUGGGCUUCGAUGCCGCUGUGUAUGGGUGGGGCAGGGGUUCGAGGGUUUUCUCGACCUGCGUGAGAAGGUCUUCUUCUUAUUAAAAUGCCCGGGGGCUGUCUUACCCCCACAGGUCGAGUUUCAGGUCCUGAUUUGCUGUACAUCUGAACAGUUUGUGCCAAGUGAACCGGGUGUUUGGUUGCCCUCUAGUAAUGUUUAGCCCAUGUCACAUCGAAUGCUUAAAUAAUAAUUACGGAUAUUAAAUAUAGUCUAAUUACGAAAUUAAUUUCACAGAUGAAGACUAAAAGACGAGACAAAUUUAUUAAAUUUAAUUAAAUCUAUUUCAUACUCCUAAUUAAUAUUCAAACGUUUGAUGUGACACGAACUAAACUUUAGUUAGAGAGAGGGAAACAACUGAAAAGUUGUCCAAACAUGCUGAUGACUUGAUGCCAACUGAAAUUGACACUCUUGAAUAUUCACUAGCUAGAAGCUGAGCCAUGUGAUAAUCUAGUAGGAUCAUUUCAGGCCAUUCAGAUAUGUGAUUCCUUGUUCCUCUCUCCGAGAUACUUUUCUCAAGUCAAUUGACAUCCUGAAUUUCCAAAGAUAAAAUGUUACAGGCCUGCAUUAGGGACAUUCACUAUGUUCAGUUUAAAUUCGACACAAAGAUAUUCACUAUGUUCCAGCGCGUCCAUUGUUUUUACACAAUUAUAAUUUUCUGGUCGUGCCUUAUUUUAGACCAGACAUCGUCUCUAAUUGGAUUGUAUCUAUUGAGGUUUGGCUAAUGGUUCAUCAACUUAUACUUGCUACCAUACUUAUUUUUAAAUUAUAUGUCAUUUUUAUA